AAGGUUAUGUUUUCUGUAAACAUUUUUUUUUGUUCAAGUUCCCCUGCUUCUUGUUUUUUGGUCAUUUUCUCUGGGAAAUCUUUAGAAGAAAAUGCAGGAAGUGUUGUUAAAUGCCUCAAGGAGGACUCUGUGUCGAGGAUUUAGCACAAAAGUGUGGAAACAACGCAAGAGUGUCCUUUUGCAGGAUGAGGAAAAAAUUCCAGUGGCAAAAUAUAGAGCUUCUGGUGCAAAGGAUCACAGGCUAUAUGUGUGGGGAUUAUCAGAGACUGGAGCAUUGGGAGUUAGUAAAAGCCUCUGGCAGCACAAACAGAAGUACACAGCUUUCAUUCAACAUCCCACCCGGCAUUCCUUUAGCGCUUCUCAUGAAGUACUGGACAUUGCUUGUGGCUACGGAUUCUCCCUCUUUCUCACAAAAGAAGACAAGGGGAUUCAGGUAUUUGGCACGGGAAUCAAUACAGACUGCCAAGUGGGCUUCCACAAACACGGUGGUGCGACAAAUCGUCCAAUGGAGCUGAUGAUCUAUCCAGCUCCCAUAGAAUUGCCCAAGAAAAGCCCUGAAGAGAAAUUGAAAAUAAAAUCAAUUGCUGCAGGACGUGCUCAUUCAAUUCUCAUCACAGAUGAUGGAGAAAUAUUUUCAAUGGGAAACAAUUCCUACGGGCAGUUGGGAAGGGAAAUUGUUGAAGGAGAGGAUUACAUGCGGAGUCAUAUAGUUCACAGAUUCACCCUUCCCAAUGAAUUGGUUGCUAGUGUGUGCUGUGGUCAGGAUCACACGAUGUUUCUCACGGAAUCCGGACGUGUUUACACGUGUGGAUGGGGGGCUGAUGGCCAGACCGGCAAUGGAACAUACGAAACAUCCGGAACAAUAAAUCAAGCAAAGGGUGAUAUUGCGGGAGAAAAGAUCGUCAAGCUGGCAUGUUCAGCUGACUGUGUACUGGCGCUUAGUGAUAAGGGGGAGGUUUUUGGGUGGGGCAACACCGAAUACGGGCAGUUGUGCAACGUAGGAGGGAAUGCGCAGCAAAUCCAUACGCCAGUUCAUCUGGAAAGCCUCAAAGGAUUGGGAAAGAUUACUGAUAUUGCUUCCGGAGGAUCCUUCUGUUUGAUUCUCAACGAGCAUGGUGAUGUUUUUGUGUGGGGCUAUGGCGUUUUGGGUCUUGGACCCACAGCUGAAUGUAUUCUGACGCCGCAACAGAUCCCAUCCACCCUGUUUGGGCGCAAUGAAUUCAGCAAGGAUAGUGUCGUGACGAGCAUCUACAGCGGCAUUAGUCACAUGGGGGCAAUCAACUCUGAUGGCGAUCUCUUUAUGUGGGGCAUCAAUAAGCACGGAUGCUUGGGGCUGGGGCACAGGAAGGACAUGUAUUUCCCUUUUAAAGUCGCCAUGGGGGCGAAAGUGAUCAAAAUCAGCUGUGGGGUGGAUCACACACUCGCACUCUGCAGAGGUUUUGUCUAAUAUUAAAAGCCGCUCAAACAUAUGCGUUUGAUGCCAAAUACAUUGCGUCAGCAUUGGGUUUUUGAGGAGCAAAGUGCAAGGUAAAUAUUCUUCAUUUUCACAAUGUUUUAUCGGCCUAUUCUUAUUUUUGCAACACACCAUCACAUUGUGAUCUAUUUCUACCAGAGUGGGGGUAGAGUGAGAGGAUCACACUUGGUGUGAUUGUUAAAAUUAGAUUUUGUAAAUUAUGAAUUGACCGUUGUGCAAGGGGAGGGGGUGGGAAGGAGGGGUGCCAUGUUGCACUUCAUUCAUAAAUCUGUGUCGAUGCCCUCGAGAGGGAGGGGUCAUCGUGUUCGCACAGUCAAAUAUUUAUUUCAACAACGUGUCGCACUUUUCUCUAAAUAUUUAUAUACCUACAUACAUAAUUAUACAUAAAACCGACAGCCGACAAUGCUCUACAAUGCCCAUACAUUUUAACGCGAUGGCACAAAAGAGAAAUUUUAAAACGGACAACACUGAAAAUUAUGGAUACGGAAAAUUUUUCCAUCAGCAGCUGAUCUUUUUUUUUCCUUGAGAAUGCAUGAAGAAAUUUAUUGGAAGGACGCUUCAGAAAGUUGGAAAACGUAUAAAUACAUGAUUUUAUACAUUUUCUCAAUUCUUUUGUAAAUAAAGUUGUUUAAAAGCAAAUAAA